AUGCACCGGGCAUCACAGACUCUAUGGAUGGCGCCUGCUUCUCGAGCAGUCGCAGAAGAUGGGCAAGAGUCGAUGAAAAGGCUUGCUCUCGCGCCGUUGACCUUUUUGUCUCUCAGCGGAAGCACCGCCUCUCUAGCCUCAAUCCUGGCGUCGGCAGUGGGGUUCUUGGAGGGCUAUAGCACCUCACAUUGGGAAACGGACCUAAAUUUGGCCAAAAAUUCCUCUGGUGAACUUGUUGCACACACAAAGCUCACGCUGGUUCCGUACACUCUUCGAAGAGCGCCCACGUCAGCGUUCUCCACUUCAAUGCUUGAUCCGUCUCCUUUAUCAAGCGAGAAGGCCCCUCUUGUGUCACGCAGCCUCUCCAUUUCUCAUGUCGUUGCCGAUGCGGCACCGCGCGCUUUAUCCCCUAGGGAUGUGUCGCAGCUGCAACGUUUCAAAGGCAGCUUCAAGAGCAGUGUUACUGCGGCCGAUCAUGUGGCGAACGACCUUCUUCGCACAACAGGCUCUGUGGAGGUAGCUAAAGCAGUGCUGGAGUUUUCUGCACAGGUUGGUUUGACGAUACCACGCUCGACGCUACAGGAUCUUGUGCACAGAUUGAAACACGAAGAAGCUUCCUUCGCCAGCCGCGUGUACCAGGAGUUUGCAUUCGAGGUUAACCUUGAAGCUCUCCACGAGAGCAGUCUUAUCAGUUCUCGGUGUGUACAGCAUCGUUUAGCUUCUCCGCCCAGGAAGCGGAAGGAGAGUAAACUAGAGCGGGUGCGGCGCUCCACCUCCCCAAAACGGUAG